UCAGCAUUGACUAUGACAUCAUCGAGGUCGUCCAGUAGCGGAGAUCUGGAUCUACAGGCAGUAAGCUGUGACACACAGUGACGGUUCCCCAAUUAGUGCUCACCUUCCUUUGUUUCCGAGUUGUUUCUCGUUUACGCCGCCGUCUGAUUUGGAGGUUGCAGUAUCUGCAGAAGAAUAAAGACUGAGUCACACUGUUUCAUGUUGUGCUUUACUCCUUACAACCUUCUCCGUAGAGCCAAGACUCUUCGUCCAGGUUUGGCGCUCUCUCUGUUCUGAUGUCUGCUCUGGUUUUUUGGCUCAACUACUACCGGACUGCACGCUUAGAUGUUAUGACUGAGAUCUGAUGCGAAGAUUCGUUAUGGAUGAACCUAUUUUAUACCUGAAAAGCCGCGCCAAGAACCCAUCAGUGACUAAUACAUGGGCAAUAAUUAGAAUCUCCCUACUAGUUUUUCUCCUGAAACUCCACAGCGCCUUUUCAGAAGAGACUAACACUGCAGUGGAGAAAGAAUCCAAGCUUUCUCACGUAGAGAACAGCAAUGCAAGUAUUGAGGAGCCUACGUGGACUUUUUGUGGAACAAAAAGGCUCUCGUUCAUAGAUGUCGUACUCGAUGCUAAUUUUUCGACCAGUGGUAGUAUGGCUGUGGGCGAAGAGUGUUUGCUGCGACCGAAGUGUGACGAGACAACCGGCUGCAAUGCCCCGCUUCACUGCUUCGAUUUCAGCAAGUUGGAGAACGGUUCCUUGGAAUUUUCGGAGUCCCGCGUGGUGGUAGUCAGUCCACAUCGGCUGGAGUCAAUAGUUGAGGACUCUGCAGUGCAGAACGUGUGUGCCAUAGUUCUGUUCUAUGCUCCGUGGUGCACGUUCAGUGUUCAGUUUGCCAGGAAAUUCAAUGCUCUCGGGAGGAGCUUCAGAGGGCUGCCCAUACUUGCACUCAACCUGGCCGAGAGUGAGCCGUACAAGUAUAUUCUGGCCUACCUGCCUCUGGUGGCCUUCUACUAUCGCGGGAAGACCCUCUUCAAGUUCAGCCUAGAAUCAUCCUUCGAAGAUCUGAGAGAUAUUGUCUCCAAUAUAACAGGUUUCGAGGCUCUCCCAGUCAACCUCAGUGACCCAGAGAACGAGGGGCCGAUAAGAACAGAGCGAGAAACCAGUGACCAAGUUUUUCUCGCCAUCUCUGUGUGGAUGCAGCAGUCGAGUUUGAAGGCAUUUCGCGCCUGUAUACCUCCGUUGACUUUCUCCACUCACAAAGGCUCGGCUGGGCGCGUGGGCGUCAUCGGAGGCUCGCUGGAGUACACUGGAGCUCCCUACUUUGCCGCUAUCUCAUCUCUUAAAGCGGGUGGUGACCUAGCUCACGUGUUCUGUCCCGAGGCCGCAGCUCCGGUUAUAAAAGCCUACAGUCCAGAGCUCAUAGUCCACCCCUUGCUGUCAGCAGAUGCGACCGAGACUACAAGAGCCAUUCUGCCCUGGCUUCCACGGAUGCACAGUCUAGUGAUUGGUCCAGGAUUAGGGAGGGACCCUGCAAUAAUGGCGUCAGUAAAGGCUCUGAUAGCCGAAGUGAGGAAGAUGAGCAAGUCAAUGGUAAUAGACGCUGACGGACUGCAUCUGGUGACUUUAGACCCUAGCAUAGUGGAGGGGUACCGAGAUGCAAUUCUAACUCCCAAUGAGGCAGAAUUUCAAAGACUCUAUACCAAAGUUUUUGGGGCUAAGGCAACGGGAAAUAGUGGUGAACAGACAAAAUUGCUAGCUGCAAAACUUGGAAAUCUUGUUAUAGUCAGGAAGGGGCAAGUGGAUUUGAUCACGGAUGGACAAAACAUAAUUGAGUGUAAUGAAAGGGGUAGCCCGCGGAGAUGUGGUGGGCAGGGAGACCUAUUGUCAGGCACCAUUGGACUCUUUUCUCACUGGACCAACACUGCACAGACACAGGUACCUGGACAGCUAUUGGCAGCCUAUGGAAGCUGCUACCUGGUCAAGAAGUGUGCAGAGCUGGCGUUUGCCAAGCACUGGUCGAUCCACGCUAGCCAGUGACAUGAUUGAUGAAAUCCAAACUGUAUUUAGAACUAUUCUAGAACAAAAAGACAAUGACUGAUGCUACACCAAUGCUUAUGAGGAAAGGGUGGGGUAUAUAUUAUACAGAUCAAAAGUGGUGCAGAGUCAAAUGACCAAGUGGUUUUUGCUCAUAUUCCAAGAAAGGUUCCUCUAGACGCAAAGGCUUUAUUGACAGUGGGUGAAGAGGACUUGGCUGGCUCUCUAGG